CCGCUCGCACCCGUCCACUUCCCGUUGGGUCUCGAGUCUACGCACACCUCGUAGCAGCAGUAUCAGGCCGACUCGCUCGCCUCUUACAUCUCCAGUCAACCAACUUUACCCAGUCGACUCAGGUAGUAUGUCUGUGCAGAUGCGAGUAGUGGUGGCGUUGGCUCUGGUGCUGGUGAUCGUAGCGGUGCUCACUGACCCCGUCAGCGCCGUCUACAGGAAGCCACCUUUCAACGGUUCCAUCUUCGGCAAGCGAGCAGGAGCCGACCCCCGUGAGUACACAGUGUUCGAGCCUGGCAAGGGACUGGCGUCAGUGUGUCAGGUGGCGGUGGAGGCGUGUGCCGCUUGGUUCCCCGUCCAAGAGAAGAAAUGAUUCUCUUGAGGUCCCAAGACGUGCGUAGUUGCCGACGUCACAACCAACAUAUCUCCAUUUCUCUCUGACUCCCUGACGUGAACGGCGGAUCUGAACCACAGUAUUCAAGACCAAAACGAUGGAUCUCUUUUUUUCCUCUUCCAGUUCAUCAGAAAACGUGAAAUAAUGAAAACAAAACACAAUUAUAAUCACAUUUAAGUCCUGUCUACGGUUUAUAUUCGCAGGUCACAAGUGUCAUUCAACCCUUACUAAGUAUAUGGUUAUAAUCUCAAUAUCUCCCGGAGUUUAUUCAAGAAUAUCCCUGAUCUGUGACUGCGUUAUGCUCACUUCGGGGCAUUGUUUACUUUUGAAAAGUUUUAUGGCCCUUGAGUGAGGAUAAUAUUCACUCUGUAGCAAGAUUCUGUUACCAUAAUUAAUAUAAACUAAUAUUUUAUCUUUUAUUUUUACCUUCCUUAUCUCCAAUCUUAUCGAAACAUCAGUAUCGGAGAGUUUAUGUAUGUGUCGUAAAAUGAGCGGUACAUUUUACUUUUUAUUUAUUUAUUUUUUAUUAUCAUAUGUAGUAAUAUAAGCCAAGACGGAUUCGUUCUUCUCGUAGGGGCGAACCUCCAUAUUAGCGUAAGAUAAUAAACAUAUGAAGAGGUAUAUCGCUGCUGUGUUAUUUUCACCCCAGUUAAUUACGAGAAGUAUAUUCUAUAGUCAAUUGUUUUACAGGUGUAAUCCCUUCCAAACGAACGCUGAAAUAUGCUCGUGUUUCUCAUAAGCUUCGAUAACAUUCUCAGACUGACGCUAAAUACUAAUUACCAAGAUCCUAAAUUAACACAAAAUGAGGAGGAAAUGCAAACUAAAUCAGUUUCAACGAGCCUCAACACCUGCACGACUGUAAAUGAAUAAUACAUACCUUGAAAAUAUUCGCCAUGAUUGAACACGAAGAUUAUAUUACAGUAAGUGACCUCCGAAGCCUUGACACACCACCACCAUCCCGGGCACUGACUCAUAGAAAACUGACUUCCGGACUGAUGAAUCACACCAAGGCAACGACACCAAAGAGGAUUUUCUUCUCUUUUUUUUGUCUAUCUUUAUCACACAAUACAUAUAAAACUACCAAUCAUCAUUAUAUUACUACAAAAAAAUAUUACUUUAAGAAAAUUAUAUAAUACUUCUUCUAAGGUAAUUUGUUUUCAAUUAAAGUAUUUCAUUGGCCCAGAUAGAAUGACUAUUACAAAUUAUGUAUAAAGAGCACAUUGUCCUAUUGGUAGUAACGUGAUGUUCCUUGUAACCUCAAUAAAUUAUACUAAAUCACGCUCAUGAAUUGGCUAAAAUUGGAUUCCAAUCAACGAAGUUAUUACAGGUUCAAUAAAUGUCACAAAAUGC